AUGAGCAAUGAAAUAAAUGAACAGUCUGUUCUGUAAGAAAAAGAAAAUAAUUAAAAUGAUAAAAGAGAGGAAGAAAGAUUAAAAUAGAUUCAAAAUAUUGUAAAAGUCAAUACUAAAGAGUUAGAUAGUUAUCUUCAACUAAAUUUUUUUUAAAAACAUGGAAAUGAUAUAAUAAAAAUAAGUGAAUCUUUAGAAGAAUACUAAGGAAUAAUAAGGGAUUCAAUUAAGCAAAAUUACAAAAGAGGAUACGUGAUCUGGAUAAAUUUAAAGGGAUUAGUUUUUACAUUGAUAUACUUAUUAUCUAAAAUAGACUAUACAUUUUAAAUUGACAUAUAUGACAAAAUUUCAGAGAUUAAAUAGCUCAUUUUCAAUAAUUUUUGGGCUUCUGAAAUUUAGGAGUUGGAAGAGUAUUAGAUUUUAAAAUUAUGUUUAGUUAUUUUAAUAUUUUAAAGAUAAGCAAGUUCUAUAAAUGAUAUAAUAUUUGAAUAUGAUAAUUAUAAGGCACUUCUUUAGGAGUAAUUUGAAGUAAAUGUUCUAUAAAAAUAGUAUAAUUACAGUUGUCUUUAUUUGUAUAAGAUUUACACUGCUGUUGCAUUUUCUAUGUAAUACAAAAAAUAUGAUAUAAAAGAAAGAGAAAAGGUAUUUGAUCUUGGUUUGAAGAUCUUUUAAUACAUAUAAAUUAAUAAUUUAAAUUAGCAAUAUAUAUUAGAAGAAAAAGAUGAAUUUAAGUGGGUUCAUUGCUAUUUCGAGUUUCUUUAAAAAUAUUUUAAAUUAUUACAGAAUUUAGAUGGAAAAUAGCAAAAAGCUUUUGAACUAAUUUGGAACUCACUUAAACUCUUAGAGAUAAUGAGUAAAAAGCUGAAUUAGGAUUAUUAUUUAAAGAUUAAACAAAGUUUUUAGAAGUUUUAGUAGCAAAUUUAAAGCAAAAUCAAAGAUGAAAUGGUAUAAAACGAAUAUUUGAUUGAGAGGGAUAGCUAAAAUUAAAGUUAUAGUUUAUAGUCUAAUCAGGAUGGGGAUUAAAUAAAAAAAAUCUAAUCAGCUUAAAAUUAGCAUAACGAUAACUAUAAUAAAGAAAGCAGCAAUAAAAAUAUUAAAUUAUCUCUAGAAAGUAUACAAAAAUAUUCAAAGCAAUUGGCUUUAAAAAAAUUUUCAGCCUUACCAAAAAAAGAUUAAUAGAGCCCAUUAAAAUAAAAUAGCUUCAGCCAAAUAAAUCUACUUGCAUAAAGAAAAAUAGCAUAGCAAAAUGAAUAAAGACUUAAAACAGCAUUUUCAAUUGGUUCAAAAGGGAAUUUACAAACACAAGUUAGCUUUUAGUAGCUAGGUAUAGGAAGCCACUCUAAAUCAUAGAAUAAAAUUAAGACUUAAGAGAAUCUAGCAAACGUGACUUUUUAGAUAGCAGAUAUUGGAAAAAGAGUUAUGACGAAUUAAAUUUAGCUUGAAGGAGCAGCAAAUGAAGAAAUAGAAUAAAAAACAUAAAAUAAUAUUUUAUAAUAAAUGGGAUUUAACACAACAAAUACAUAUCAAAAUAAGAAAACCAGCUCUCUAAAAGAUUUACUUAAUCAGAUUCAUGAUUGUAAAAAGAAUAAAAACGACAUCAACUAAGAGAGUCAAAGCCCUCUAAAGCUCUCAAAUAGCAAAUAUGAAAGAAUUAGAGCUUCUAGUGGAGGUGGAAGCGAAACAAAUAAAGCAUUAAAUCCUAAUGAAUCUAUGAAAUCUAACUUAAAUACUUUAGACUAAUAUUAAAGGAACAAUUUUGAACAUUCACCAACAUCUUAAACUCACUUAAGUUAAGAUUUUAAAAAGUUUUAAAUAAAUCUUCAUAGGCCUUUCGAUAGUAAUAAUAAUUAAACUGCUUCUUCAUUUGGAUUAAGAAGACAGCCUUCAAUAAUCUAAGUAAAAUAAUAAUUUUACUCUAGAUAAAAUAGCAUGGGAUCAUUAAAUAUUGAUGAAAUUUAGCAGAACAAAUCAUAAGAUUUGCAUAUUCACUUAAAGCGCUAAGAAAGUAUUUAAAAUUAAUAUCCUAUAUCAUAAAAAACUGAACACUGUUAGGGAUAAUUUUCAUUUCAGGAGCAAGGUGAUGAGCAAGCUAAUCUCCUCCCAAAUUACAAUUAAGCAGGAGCCUUUACAUUUGGACUGCUUAGUUUACCCACAAAAAAUUAAGUAAAUAAUAACAACGUCACUGAAGAUCCUACCCCUAAGAUGAAAUCAUUGCAAUAAUCGCUGCAAGGGACUGAAAGAAAAAGAGAACUAAGUAAUGAAUAUAACUAAAUUGCAAAUAAUAAAAUAAAAAGAAAUCUAAAAUCAAGGUCAUUACAUACUAGCAGUGAUCAAUCAUUUCAAAAAAGUGCUUUGAAUAGAUUAAAUGAAAAAAUUUUAAGUAGAACUCUAUCAAAUAAACAAAAAUAAUUUAUUCCAAAAGGUGUUUUCUAAACUAAUGAAUAAAAAAAUAAAUUUAUCAACACUGAUGAAACUCUAAAUUAGCCUACUACAACUAUUGGCUUAUAAACUACUUAGAACACUAUCCCUAAUUAUAACGAAGAUAAAAGUCUAAGCAUUUAUAGCACUUCUACAGAUGUUGCUAAAAUAUACAGGUCAGCGAUCACUUCAAUUCAUUCUCAAGCUACGUCUUAAAACACUUUUAAAGGAAAGAAUAGGAACUCAUAAAAUCAUCAAAAAAGUAGAUCAAUACACUAUGCAUUUGGCUCAGCUUCAAAUUACUCAAGCCAAGCAAAUUCUUAAACAGGUUUUAAAGUAGGUGUAUUCUAUGUACCAAACAAGUCUUUUUAAUACAAUUAUUUAAUGCAACCUUAAUUAAAAACUAACUUUGAAAUUUAAAGGUAAACCUCAAAAUCUUUUCAUUAAAACUCUUAAAUUGGUUUGAAGAAUAAUUUAAAUAGUUAAUUACCAGCAGAAAAUGCUUCAGCAGUAUUCCUUUAAAAUGAUUAACAAAAGGAUGUUUAAAAUAGUAACUAUAAUAAUAAUGUAGUAAACUAGUAAACAACUUAAGAAAAGCCAAAAGAGCUUACUAAAGCGCAAUAAUAGCUGAUUUUAUAAAUUAAGUAAACAGAAGAAAUCGUAAAAAAAUAAAGGGAAGAAAUGAAGAAAACGAAUUAAAAAAUAAUUUAAGUGAACAAUUAUACUUUAGAAAUAAGUGAUGACUCAUAUUUUAAUUAAUUCAUGCCAUCAAUUUCUAAUAUUCAUCACUAUGAAAAUAGUGAUAGCAAUAGAGUUGAUGAUUUAUCUUUAAGUUAGAUGAAAUAAUAUCUUCAAAACAAUAAGUAAGAUCAAAAUGAUUAAGAAUAAAUAAAUUCUUAGAAUGCAAAUGCAGCUUCUAAUCCAAAUCAGCAAAUAUCUAAAAUUUUUAGUAAUUAGUAGCUAGAUUAAAAUAACAUUUCAUCUAACUCUAUUUAAUCACUUCCUUUUAAUUAAAUUGACUUAUCUUAGAUUUAAGUAAACAAUCCAAUUUAAAUUGAAAUUUAAACAUCUUCUAUCCUGUCUACUUAUGAGUAACAAGUUUCUUCUUAGCAUUUAUUUAGAAGAGUUUCUUCUAAUUUAGAGAUUUAGAUGAGAGAUAUAGAUAAAGCAUAACCCUUUUCAUAAAAAGAUCUGUAAGUCGUAGAGGAAUAAGCAGAAGAGAAUUAGUAGCAUAAUGUUCCAGCCCAAAAAAUCAAAGAUAUCUAGAAAUUAGAUUCUUUAUUUAGAAGGUAAUAUAGUAGUAAGAGAUUAACUAAGCUAAAUAACUUGUAAAAUAACGUUGAUAAGAAUGAAUAAUAAAAAUCAGAGUAAAUAGAUAAUGAAAAGGGUUAAUAGGAAGAUACUAAUUAGGCAGAAGGAUAGUUUUUAAUUAAGGAUUUUUUUAACGAUAGCUCUAAGAUUGCACCAAAAAAUGUUAUGGAUUCUUAGUAAACUGUUUCUCCCUUACUUUUAUUUUAGUAAAGAAAUACAGAAAUUAAAUUUAUAGAAAGUCCAGCAAUAUCAUAAGCCGAAUCGAAUGAGACAAAGCCAUCAAUUAUAGUAAGAAAUAUGGAAGGUGAUGUUAUUGAAAAACAUUCAAACUUAUCUGUAUUGUAAAAUGGUCCUGAGAGCUAAAUCAGCAAAUAAAAUAUUAUUGAUAGACAACUAAGCUUAAAAGAACAUGAUAAAGCGCUGGAGUAAAGACUUGGCGUAUUUUAAAAGUAUUUAAAUAAAAAGAAUGAGGAGUAAAGAUCAAAAAGCUAGCAAAAAAUUAAUAAAGGCACUGAAAAAUAGGCUUAAUAUUAAAAGCUUUAAUCUUACAAAAUAAUGUCUCUAGAAAACAUAGAAGAUAUGUCAUUAAAUGAUCAAAGGCAGCAAGACUCUAUUCCAAAUCCGAUGAUUGACAGCUUAUAAAGUAUUUAGGAUAUCUCAGUAAAAAGGAAAGAGCCUAUGAAAUUUCAAACUUUAACAGAAGAACAACUUUUAGAAGAUCUUUAAACUCCUCAAACUUAAAACUAAAUCAAUAAUCCUAAGAAAAGCAUUUCUGGUUUUGAUAAUAUUACUCAUUAAAAAAAAUUUACCUUUAAUGUAGACGUAAGAAAUAAUUAGUAAUUUUUUAAUACCAAUUCAGAUUAAAGAGUAUAUGAAGAUGCCAUUUCUCCGAUAUUAAUGAAAUCACAAACAAAAAAUGAUAUCUAGACGAUGUAAAAUUAUGAUGAAAUUAUUAAUCCGAUCUAAUCUACAUCAAUCCUUAACUAAGAUUUAGAUGAUUCGAAAUAAAAAAUAAGUUAAAAAGAUAAUUCAUAAGAGAAUAAUAAGAUUUUUUCUUAACAAAAAAUUUAACAUGAUUAAUUCUUUCUCCAUAGCAAAAGCUUAGAACCUCAAAUUGAUGGGACUGGAUAGUAAGAAUAACAAUAAAUACAUAAUUAAGAAGAAAAAUCAAAAAAUGAAAACGGAGGAGAAUCAUAAAGCAGCACAAGACCUUAUAUUUAACCUUUAUAGUUUAGAAGAGUUUUUAAUAGAAAUAGCAUAAGGCAUUAGAGCUAGCAAAACCCAAGCACUUAUCACUAAGGUAGUGAUUUAUUUACUGCUAAUAAAUUUAAAAAUAAAAAAAGAGCUAGUUUUAUUCAAUUUUUGAAAGAAGAAUAGAAAAAAUAAAUUUUACAAAACGUAAAUGAGCCCUAAACUUAAGAAAAUAUAACAUAUUAAAGUAAUAACUAAUUUAGUUAAUCAGGUGAUUAAAGUUAUGAUUCUUAAAAUAAACACCCAUUUUAAAGAAAAGUAACUAAUGCUUCCAAUAAUAGCGAGUAGGUGUUUGGAACAAUUGAUGGAAAGCUGAAGAUUCCUUUAGUACAAAUGGAUUAUGAUUUUGAUAGAUACUCUGAAAUUUAAAGAGAAUCUACACCAUUUUCUUACACAAGGAAUGAGAAUUUGGCAAAUACAAAUAAUGUAGAUGUAAAUAGCAACAAGAAUAUUUAUAAUACAUAAGCUCACACUACAUCAAAUAUCUAUUAGUAAGAAGAGGUAAGUUCAUUUAAUCAUGGUUUGAAUACUAUAAUAGAGCAGCCAUCUUAGCUUAAAUUUGGAGGUGCCCAAAUGUUUAAUAAAAUGUUAAAUAACUUUGAAUUAGAUUCUAAUAACAAUACUAAAUAAAAGAGACAAAGCUUUUCUUAAACUUAUAAUACUACACAUCCAUAACACUUUUCUGAUGCAGUUUAAAACGCUUAGAGCAGUUUACAAUAGCAACUAAUACUAACUUCACCUGCUUUAACAAGCAACAGUACAAAUAGUAUACCUAAUUAUAAUAUAUAUAACACAAGUAUUAAUUUAAACGCCAACGAUAGUAAUAUAUUGAAUCGUCUUUAAGCACAAACAAUCAGUUCUAAGCCUGGUAAUACCAGCAGAGCAAAAGCAAAUGAAAGUAUUAGAAGACUUUCGAUUUAAAGCAAUUAAAUGCUCAGCUAAUAACAAAUAUCUCUAAGCUCAUUUAAUGAAAUUCUUAAAAAAGAAGAGAGUUUAAAAGGAAAACCUCAUUUACAAAUUCUUCUUGGAUAGCUAUAAUUAGAUAAAAGAAAUUAAGAAAUUCUGUAAUAAAUUACUUCUUAAAAAAGGCUUACAAUUAAGAAUAUAUUAGCAUCUAUUGAUACUAAAGAGCCUGAGCCUAUAUAAAAAGCUUCAUCUGAGAAAAAAAAUCUCCUCAUGAGAUCAAAGAGAAGCUAUUCAAAUAUAUCAUAAGUAGGUAGGAAAGAAUAAAUAUAGGAAGAGUAAGAAGAGAUAGAAACUGACUAGGGACCAUAGCCAGUUACCACUAAUAACAGACAGGUUAUACAAAGGCAGAGAAGUCUUUUUUAUAAAUAGUAGUAAGAGUAGCUAAAUAAAUUAGCAAAAAAUUAAGAUGAUAGUAUGUCUAGUUAAAUUAGUCAGACCGAGCAAAAGUAAAGUUCGUCUUAAACUUCUAUUAUACGAGGAAAUAAUAACCCUGAAUAAAAUGAAUCUUUAUCAUCAUCUUAAGAUGAAUCAAAGUAUGGUGAUACUUAGAAAAAAUUGUUAGCUGAUGACUUAAAACAGAGCUUAGAAUAAAAAGAAAACUAAAAUUUUUAAGUUUUAAGAGAUUUCAAAGAAAGAAGCAAAAAAAAGAAAUCAUCUAGAUUUAUGCAGUAUAAAUUAGAAUCAAGUAGUGAAGUAAUUGAAGAUUAACCCUCAGUUAGUAAAAAUUUAGAAUUAACUGAUUAACUAAGUGUUUCAAGUGAAGAUAGAAGUGGAUCUAAUACUCCAGAUUUCACUUAAAAAAAUAAAUAAAAAAAAAAAUCUACAUUUUCAGAGGCUCUAUAACUGGCUUUUUAAGGUGAUAAAAGAUCUAGCGUGUCAUAACAGAAUUAAGAAGAAACAAUUAUUUUUUCAAGUGAAAAGUCCCCAAGUUCGAGAUUCCUUUAUUAAGAAGAUAUUAAUGAAAUUGCUGAAAGAGAUUUUAUAGAAAAUAUUCAGAUAGAAGAAAAUGUAAAUGAAAAUUAAUUUGAGCUUUUUAGGUAAAAAUCAAUAAAAAAUGCUUUAGCUAUGAAAAUAGGAAAAGAUAUUAGAGAUAGAAAAAAUACUUCAUAAGAAGAAGAUAUUUAAUAACCAUUUUUACCAAACUUUAAAUUUGUGAGAUUUGUAUCUGGUAAGCCAAUGGUUAUUAGUGUUAUGUAUUAAAUUAAAAAUAUACCAAAAGUUCUUUCAACAUUAAAAAAUGAAAUUAUGAAUGGUAAUAAUGAAAAUGAUGUUUAAAUUAAUGGCAUUGAUUAUAAAUAGAAAGGAGACUAGGAAUCUUUAAAUAGAAGUAUUUCUAUAUCUAAAAAACCGAUCAUCCAAGAAUUUAAGUAAGUGAAUCGGAUAAUAAUGAAGUUAAAUGAUAAUUAAAUAUUUGCCAAGAAAGAGAGUGAAGACGUGUUUAUAGCACAAAUUGAUUUGGAGAUUGAUUAAGAUGUUCAAAAUAAGUUCUAUGACUUACAAAAAAAUAAUUUAAGUAGGAAAGAAUCUUCUAAUUAAAAUGACUCUAAUUUGUAGACAGAUGAGAAAGACUACAAGACAAUAUGGCCUCUAUUUAAUUUUGCAUUUGAGAUUUAUUUGAAAAAACGUUUACCAAAAGUUUAUACUAUCCCAGACCCUCACAGCGAUGAUGAGGAAAAGAAAAAAUCAUCUUCAAUAAGCAAAUACUAUUCCAGAGUUGGAAAAAAGAAGAUUAAGGAUGUUAUAUCUCAGUAUAAAAUGUUUAUUGAGAGACCAGAUAAUACUUCUGAUUUAGUAACAGAAAUUGAUCUUAAAAAUAUUGGAAGUGUAAAAGAUAAGAUUAACCAAUUAAUAAAGCAUUAUGGAAAAAGGAUUAGAAAAGAAAUGGGAUACUCUUUUUAUAUUAGCGAUCAAGACUAAACAAACUCACUCGUUAUGGUAUCACUUCGCAAAUAAAUUGAUAAAUCAAAUAGAAUAUAUUCCAACUUAGUUCCAUUUUAUUCAUGGGAUCUUUCUAAUCUUUAAUAAAUGAAAAAGAAUCUUUACAUGGAAGGUGAAGUCGAUAAAUCAAUUAAGUUAUAAACUUCUUGCUUAAAAGAACCUUCAUAUAGAAAGACAGAGAAUUACAUUAUCUCUAGACACAUAAAAUAUUUGAGUCAAAGAAUCUUAAAAAUAAUACAAUCACCUCCUAUUAUAUUUACCUUCUUCAAAAAAGAUGAAGCGUAAAAGCUUUAUCAGAUAACAGUUAAAAUAAGCUUUAAACCUGGAUCAGAGAAUAUAAAAAACUCAACAUUUACUAAUUUCUCUUUUUAUAUUCUUGGAAAAAAUAUGAAAACUUUAAGAAACUCGAUCCAGCCUUUAGAUUUGCAUGUAGAAGAAAUUAUAGAAAACGAUCCAUAGUUCUCUUAUAUAUAUAAAAUUAUCAGCAGAUUCGCUAUAUAUGAUAGGAUUCCGCGAUAGUGGACUGAGUACAUGAUAAAAUAUUUUGAUAAGCUUUUAAUUUUUAGAUCUUCAGAUAGGUAUAUGAGGUCGAAUUACGAUUACAAGUUAGAAAGUGUUUAUCAAAUAGUGAAAAAAUAAUAACAAUUUGAUAAAGAGUAUAGAUUUAUUGACUAAAUUGAAAAGAAAACAAAAAUAAAUAACUUGAUUCUUAAAAACAUUCUUUUCAAGGAGCAAAUAAGCAGAGAAAACUUUUAAACAAUCUUUGAUGAGAAAUUUAAUGAAGCGUAUGCUCAAUAUUCAAGUUAAAUAAGAUUUAAUAUUUUAGAUAUUGAAGAAAUGCUUUAUGAUGGUACAAAAGAUUUAAAAGAGGUAGAAAUUGAGUUUAUUAAGUAAGUGAGCAAAAAAUUUACAGGCCUCGAAAAAGCUGGUCCUAGAGUUGAAAAUGUAACUCAAUAAGAUAUGAUAGAUAACUCUGCUAGUCAUAUAAUUUAAUAGUAAAAGAUUACUAAUUAUAUGAAAAAAGAAAUGGAGACAAUUGUUAGAAGAAUAACAGAAUAAUUUAAAAAGAAUUAAAAAUCUGAUAUAUUUUGCAAUAAGAAAAGUUUAAGGGUAAUUGUUAUGAAUUUAAAAGAAAGUGGAAGAAAGUUUUGGGUUUACCUCUAAACUAAUGGACAAAAUUUAGUUUUAUUUGUUAAAUGUUAGAGAGAUAGAGAGAGUUACAAAUAUAAAAUUAAAAAUUGGAAGUAAAAAGAAUUAAUUUUAAAUAUUUUUAAAACAAAAUAAACUCAUCCUAAUACUUGCUAUACGAAUUUAGAACAAAGAAAUUAUCAUGCUUAUAGAUAAGUUUAUUAACAAAUCUAGCAGUAAUCUAAAUAAGAUGAAUAUGUAGUAAGGAAUGUUCUUUAUCUGAGAGAUUAUUUAAUUAAAAAUUUUUUCAAGAGAUAGAUUACUUCACAAGGAUUUAGAUUAGUUCCUACUAAAUUCAAUGAAAAUAAUUUAAAGAAUAAUUUAAAUUUAGAUAGCUUAAAUACAGUAAAAGAUCAUUUGUUGCUAAGCUAAAAAGAGUUACUGAGAUAUUAUUUAGAAAUUACUUCAUGCUUUGUUAGAAAUAUAAAGUCUUUAGGAAAAACCACAGUUAUACUAAAGGCUUACAGACUAGGUAAUGAUGUACAAUCAAAGCUGGAUGGUUUAUAAUGUCUAUUUUUAUUUAGUCUAAUCCCUUAUGAAUCAAGAACAAAAAUAUUUAAAUUCGUCAUGAAUUAUUUAGACGUAGUGAAACUCAACUAAAAAAUAGGCUAGCAGAUUUUAAACAAUUUCGAUUUAAAUUCUAUCAGCAAGUUGAUUGACUUCAUUAUUAGCUCAUUCUCUGUUCUGAAGACCUACAUAGGUUCAAUACCAAUAUUCUCAUAUAUUGAAAAAGAGUAAAUUGUAGGCAACGAGAGAUAAGUUUAUUAUUCAAUUGUAAAAAAAGAUUCUAUAAGACUUCAUAAAGUUUAAAAACUAUACCCUUAGCUAAGUGCUAAAGAUAUAUUUAAAAAAGUAUACAACAUAAACAGCAGUUUUAGGAACUCAAAUUCUAAUUUCAACAAUAGAAGAAGAAGUGAUCAAAUUAAGGUCGGAACUAUGAAAUUUCGUUAUUUCUAAAAUAAAUUUUAUAAAGAUGAAUACGAGUUUUCCAAGCACAAUAAAAAUAACUCAUUUUUAGAGGAUUCAUCAUUUUCUACCAGAAUUAUUUUUUAGCAACCUAAGUUGUUUGGAACUGACUGGGGACUUGUUACGAUCUUAAAAGAUAUUUAAGCUUAGUAGUGGAGCAUUAAAAUUUAUAUUCCAAAAACAUCUAGAACUUUAAACUGUAAAAUUUCCAAUUCAAACUUUGAAAGGUGCAGUUCUGAAUUUAUUAUGCAAUGCAUUACUAAUUAGCUUAUGUUUUUUAAUGAUAACCCGAAGUUUUAGUCAUUUUAGAACUUUAUUGAUUUUGAGUAAAGAAUGAAAGCUCGUUUCUAUAACAUUGGAAGUAAUAAUUCAGCUUUGAGUAUAAUUUUAAAUCCUAUCAUUAAGAAAAAUUUUUGUUUGUUGCCAAAUCCAAAUAAUAAGUUUAAAUUACUUGUCUAAAAAUACAAGCAUAUCUUGCUUGAAAAUUCUUAGCCAAAGUAUGCUGAUACUUCAAAAUUAAAUUCUGUGAAAAAAAUAUACAAAAUAAAUAAGUUCUUAGAUUUAACAAAGAAGAUGGAUGAUAGUUUCUAAAUGCAUUUAUACGAUUACAGAUAAUUAUUUCUAUAAAGAUUCAUCGAAAUCUGGAUUUGGUAGAUGAUGUUGAAAAAAUGUCACUUUCGUAUAAAUCACUAAAAUCUAGAUUUGUAUAUGCAUUUUGGUAGUACUAAGCUUUCUAUUAAUGAGCUAGUAUUAUAUAGUUAGUAUAAACUAAAUGAGACUAACGAAUUUUAGACAGAAAUUUAUAUUGAUUUAAUCAAAGGUUUUCAUAGUCUUUAGAGAUAAAAGCCUCCUAAAGACGAGGAUCGAAAAGAAUUUACAAACACAAGAAAGGCUUUAGUUGACCAUUAUUUUAACAAUAUGGACUAUCUUGCUCAAGAAUCAACUUCUAAAUUCAAUUUUCAUUUAAUAAAUUACUCUAUCCGUACUUAAACAACUAAGGUUUUUGACAUAAACUUACGAGAAAUAUUAAAUUUGUAUAUUGCUGAAGGCUUUUCUAAAUUGCAUACAGGAUAUACAAGUUCAAAAGUUACUUAUAAUGAUUUAAGAGAGCUUUGCAGUUUUAUAAUAUUUAAAAUUAGAACUUAGAAUUUCUUAGAUCUAGCUAUUAAUGAAAAUGUUACUGUUAGAGCAAAGCAAAUUAGUGUAGAAAAGAAAACUGUUGAAAGAUAGAAUACAUAAUCGCCAAGAAAAAAUGGUGUAAAUACAGAAUAAAAAAAUUUACCAAGAGUUAGUAUUAUCAGUAACAUUAUGAAUAAUCCAAAAAAUAAAAAUAAUUUUGUUGUAAAUGAGAAAAAGAAAUCACUUUUUGCUGCAAGCAAUGAUAAAAGUAGUCCUAAUUCUUAAUCUUCUAAUAGCUAACACAGAAAAUCUAUUGUUGUCCGUCAUAGAUAAAGUAUAUUUGAUCCGAACUAAAAAAAAGUAAAUUUUAAUGUGGUAAGUAACACUGAAGGCGUAUCUUCUCCAGGAGGUUAAAUUUUAGGUGGAAUAAAGAGAGUUGAUAGCGAUUUAUCAAAGUUUAGCAAUUUCAAUAAAAGAAAUUCAAUAGUGGGAUCUUUUAAAUCUGAUUCAGAAUAUUAUUUUAACAUGCAUACAAUAAAUUAAAAUAGUACAGAUUUGGAUGAAUCAAGAUUAUCAGAAAAAUCUUCAAUUUUUAUUUAUGACAGCAUAAUUGAUAUUAAAAAUAGAAUUAUGAUUAGAAGCUAUUUCUAUACAAAUGAUGAAACCUUUGUGAUUAAAAUUUUUUAGUGUGGUUCUGGAUUUGCUUUUACAAGGUUUUUGAAUAUUAGCUAUUUUGCUAAAAAAGAUGGAUUCUUUUUAUAGUAUCUAAAAGCUGAGCUUUAUGAAGAAAUCAUCAAAAGAGCUACAAGGACUAUUAAGCUUAAAAUGUAUGUUUACUUCUGCAUUUAGCAUAAAAUUGCUUUUAACUAAAAUAUCAUAUUGUCAUGA